UAGGAAAACCAUUGUUAUCCUUAAUAUAAAUAGAGCUUCUGAGGCAACUCUAUCAGUAAAUAUUUGGUAGAGAUGAAACACUUUCAAAGAUCAGUUUCUAUUUUUUUUCUUCUGUGGACUGUAAUAGUGGCACAGGAGUGCUACUUGGAUAGAACCUUCUACAUCAAAGCCGCAGUCGGCGGUUUGAGCCUUGAUGGUUCGUACCCAGAUAAUGUUAAAGUAAUAGACUAUAACGGCCAGGCACAACAGCGGUGGAUAAUUGAAUGCGGUGAUCAAUCGGGGCAUUUUUUCAUAGUAAAUGCCUAUAAUGGAUUGGUACUCGACGUUCAAAACUUAUAUGUCGUUUUGAAAACGAAAAGUAGCUCUGUAAGUCAGCAAUGGACACUCAAUUGGAACAGCACGAUUUUUAAUGUAGGUUAUAAUCGGAAUAUGGAUAUUUAUCAAGGCGAUUUUGUUUCUGGAAACAAUGUCUUAAUUUAUCAAAAUAGUGGAUUACCGCAGCAAAUAUGGAAUCUGCAAGAAGUGUAAUGAAACCACAUCUAGAAAUUUUGUAUAUUUAAAAAAUAUAUCCAAGAAAUCUAAUAAAGAAAAUUGCUGUAA